AAUUGAAGUACUGUUAUAAACCCCACAUGUUUUUGUCUUCAAAUUUCACAGUAUAUUUUUACCAAUUGAAUAAUAAUUGUUGUAUCAAGUUUACAGACUAAAAUAUCAAGAGAAAUACAAUUGUUCCAAUAAAUUUUUAAAGAUAAGAUAAAGAUUGUAUUGUUAGCGAUUACAAAAGCAAUCGAAGUCUCUGAUAAAAAGUCCCCUUGGUGAUUGCGUGUGAUUUUUAACCAGUUUUUGGCAAAAUAUGACCCUUCGUAAAUGGGCCCUUUUAUGAGAUCAAGCUCAUCGGAUCGCGGCAGUUGUCAAGAGUCAAAGGAAACGUCAAGCUCGGAGCACGUGGACCUGGUUGUCAAGUUGUUCGGCACUGGCGGUAGCCUCGACACUGGGUGCGCAAACUCUCUUUAUUAUCUUCAACAAUUGCUUUUUAUCACUUGAAAUCAAUAUGCCAUUCGGUCCCUGUGGUCAAGAGGAUGUUUAAAUUUCUAUAAUCCAUUGUCAGAGGAGUCGAAAUUGAAAUUUGACAAUAAGUUUAAAGAAACUAUUCUCGCUCGAGGCAGCCCAUUUUGAGAUUGAAAUCACUAUCAAGUAUCAAGAUCCCUGCCUUUUUUUCUGUAAUUAAUUAAUCAUGGAAGACAUAAAAAAGAGAUUUAUAGAAUGUGGUGCCUUCAAAGGAAAGGGUAUAGCUGUUUUUACAAGUGGUGGAGACUCUCAAGGUAUGAAUGCUGCUGUGAGAUCGGUCGUGCGAAUGGGCAUAUAUCUCGGAUGCAGAGUUCAUUUUAUCAAAGAAGGCUACCAAGGUUUGGUCGACGGUGGGUCAAACAUUGUCGAAGCAAAUUGGGCAUCUGUGUCAGGAAUCAUUUCAAAAGGUGGCACUGUUAUCGGUUCGGCAAGGUGUGCCGAAUUCCGGGAGAGGUCAGGACGCCUUCAAGCAGCAAAGAAUUUGGUCAAAAAAGGAAUAAGCAAUCUUGUUGUAAUUGGGGGGGACGGUUCUCUUACAGGAGCGAACCUUUUUAAACAGGAGUGGCCCACUCUCAUCAGAGAGCUCCAUGAAAAUGGAGAAAUCACAAAAGACCAGUUGAAUAAAUUCGCGUAUCUUAAUAUAGUCGGGAUGGUGGGUUCAAUCGACAAUGAUUUUUGGGGCACUGAUAUGACAAUUGGAGCUGACAGCGCUUUGCAUAGAAUUUUAGAAGCAGCCGAUGCUACUUAUUCAACAGCUCAUUCUCAUCAGCGUUGUUUCAUAAUUGAAGUGAUGGGUAGACAUUGUGGGUAUUUAGCAUUGGUAUCAGCAAUUACCACAGAAGCUGAUUAUGUUUUUUGUCCAGAAAGUCCACCUCCUAAAGAUUGGCCUGAUGUUAUCUGUAAUACUUUACAACAGGCUAGAGCCACUGGUCAAAGAAAUAAUACAAUAAUUGUGGCUGAAGGUGCAAUCGAUAGUGAUGGGAACCCUAUAACAGUUUCACAAAUAAAGCAAGUUAUUGUUGACAAAAUUAAUAUGGAUACAAGAAUCACAGUCUUGGGGCAUAUACAAAGAGGAGGAAAUACAUCAGCAUUUGAUAGGAUUCUUGGAUGCAGAAUGGGAGCCGAAGCUGUAAUAGCAUUGAUGAAUGCCAAACCAGAUUCUCCGUCUUUGGUCAUUACACUGGACGGGAAUCAAGCGAUUUCUUUGCCUUUGAUGAAGUGUGUUGACAUGACGAAAGCUGUGAGCGAAGCAAUGGCACAGAAAGAUUUUGAAAAAGCCAUUCAGCUAAGAGGAAGGUCUUUUAUGAGAAAUUUGGAAACAUAUAACAUUUUGAACCAAGUCCAGAAUGCCUCAAAUUCACCAGAACCUGAAACUAAGGGGCAUACACUAGCUGUGAUGCACAUAGGUGCCCCUGCUUGCGGGAUGAAUUCAUGUGUGAGGGCUUUUGUACGAAGCAGUCUGUACGAAAACGCUACAGUUUAUGGUAUUCAUGAUGGGAUCGAUGGACUUUGCUCUGGGGCUUUUCAACAAAUGGCUUGGGGUGAUGUUGCCGGUUGGACAUUAGAAGGUGGUGCGCUUUUAGGAACAAAAAGGACACUUCCGAAUGAUAAAUUUCCAUUGGUUGCUAGUAAAUUGAAGGAGUAUAAUAUUGAGGGCCUUUUAAUUAUUGGUGGAUUUGAGGCAUUCUUGGCUGCUAUGCAAUUGUUAAAAGCACAAUCUGAAUAUCCAGAAUUUAACAUUCCGAUAUUGGUCAUUCCGUCUACUAUUAGCAACAACGUGCCUGGAACUGAACUUUCUCUUGGUUGUGACACAGCUUUAAACGAAAUAACAGAGAUUUGUGAUAGGAUCCGUCAGUCUGCCCAGGGUACAAAACGGAGGGUGUUCAUUGUAGAAACUAUGGGUGGUUAUUGCGGAUUUUUGGCAACUAUGGCUGGACUAGCUGGAGGAGCUGAUGCGGCUUAUAUUUUUGAAGAAAAAUUUUCAAUAAAAGAUUUAGAAAAGGAUGUUUACCACAUUGCUUCAAAGAUGGCCGAGGGUGUGCAAAGAGGUUUAAUUUUAAGAAACGAAAAAUGCAAUGAGUACUACAAUAGUGAUUUUAUGUACCGUCUUUAUGCUGAAGAAGGGAAAGGGAUUUUUACAGCUCGCAUGAACAUUAUUGGCCAUAUGCAGCAAGGAGGUGAUCCUUCCCCUUAUGACAGAAACCUUGGUACAAAAAUGGGUAUGCAAGCGAGUCAAUGGUUUAUGAAAAUUUUAAAAAGUGGAACAGGGGAAAAAGUUUGCGUUUUGGGCUUGAACAAAAGAUCCUACACUUUUACACCUCUAAAAACCCUUGAGGAGGAGACUCUAUUUUCAUUACGAUUGCCAAAGAAUCAAUGGUGGCUUAAAUUGAGACCUUUGCUUCGCAUUUUGGCCCAGCAUGACAGCGUAUACGAGGAAGAGGGUAUAUUCAUGUCAGCUGAUGAAACAUACACAGAGGCAAAUGAUCCGGUAAUAAUUUAGAUUACAUCAUGCAUUAGCAAUAUUUAUAGUUAUAUUUUUGUAUAAAUUUAGAUAAAUUUUGUAUACUCAUGAAAUAUUUUCAUAAUCAAGAAUUGUUUGCUGAAGCCAUAAAUACUCGAAGUCAUAAUUUAGUCUAUAUUUAAUCGUUAUUGAAAUGUAUGUAGUUUUAGUUUCUUCACAUUUCAGUCUUUAGAACUUUUGCUGCCCUUUCAAAAAGCCAGAUAAUAUCACAAUAUUUUCUAUUUUUAAAAUGAUUUGAAAAGAUUUAGAAAGUAAAACUGACUUUUGAAUGCAUUCACAGAAAAUUGUAUCCUGUAGUGCUGGAGUGUUAGUUGUCAGAAUUAUUUAUUUAAAAUGAAAUUAGUUACAAUACAGAUUUUGUGAUUUUAAUUACAAAUAGGUGGGGUGAGUUACUUUUUGCAAAUGAUGGUUCUACUCACAACACACACAUUAGUUGUAAACAACAAUCUGUGAGUAGAACCAUCAUUUACAAAAAGUAAGGCCAAGAAAUGCUGCAAUCAAAGUCUAGAAAAUUGAUGGAAAAUAAUAUUAUUUUACUGUACUUUGAUAUAGUUAGAAAUGUUAAAUUAUAAAAUUAUACAAACAAAACUAUGUGCAAAUGAUGUUUCUGGGUUAGUUAAAGUUAUAAUAAAUAGCCUCAAUUAAAAACUUCU